GCUUACAGUGUCAGGGAGGGGAGCUGUGCUUGCUGUCCCGUCAAUCGCGCCUGCAGGGUGCUCUUAGAUGAGGUCUGCGUCUGUAAGGGGCUUGGUGCUAGGCAAAUUGAAAGUACGCGACUGCAUUUCGGCGUUCUUAGUCGAUCAGUAACAACUCACUGUUAGAUCUUUUAGGGUUCUUUUGCUGGUAACAAGGUGCGCGGGGCGUUAGUGCGACCUUGUCGUAUGAUGAGAUUAGAGUAGCUAAUUACUUUAAUUAGUCAGUGGCGCUACACCUCACACGAUCCAUCGAUUAAUCUUCACCGUCAUUGGCCAUGCAUCAUCUCGAGCAGGCGCUAACACGUAAGAAAAGCAGCGGUAGCUGGCUAUCGCUCCUUAAAGACGGUCGCAAGGGAGGUAAUUCCAAGUCCACGUCAGCAGCAGCAGCCGAACCCUCCCCCGCUACAACCGAAACCCACCAUGCCGUUCCAGCAGGAGAGGAGAUCCCAGAGGAGGCUCGGAACAAGCCUAGCCGAACAACCAGCGGAGGCUCGUUAUUGGACUGGAAAGGGAAGGCGAAGAAGGAAAUGCCUAGGAGCUAUGGUUUGGGGAAGAGCGAUUCGGCUGGUCCUGCAGUAACUAUCGAGGUUACUACGACCAGGGCCGAUGACGACUCCCUUCCUCUUUCCUCUCCUUCCUCCACUGCUGUCUCCUCCUUCCCUUCCUCCUCCACCUCUGUCUCCUCCUUCCCUUCCUCCUCCUCCCUAUCCUCCUCCUCUCGUUCCACCUCUGCUCGCUCCUCUAUGGACCGUUCCGUUAACGGCAGCCCCGCUAUAGACCGCUCCGUUAGAGACGACGAUACGCCUCUCGCUCUGCAAACGGCUGACUCGCUGCGCAUCCACAGAAAGGCCAAGGAAGCUUCUUCGAAGCAGCUCGACGGCAUCUCGUUAGUCCCGCAGCUGAAGCUUCGGAUAGAGCCGCCAGUGCCGGGCCUCGAAGGGUCUGACCGAACCUCGGGCGCGAGCAGCCGAACCUGCAGCAGCGGAAGCGAGGGUGGGAGCACGACCGCCAGCAGCGGCCGGCACGGGACGAAUGUCGCAACAAGCGCGAGCGGCACCAGCAGCAGCAGCAGGAGCAGCACCGGCGGUGGCAACCGAGACAGGGAGAGACACAGGGAGGGAGACAGGCCGCUAAGGGUGGUGUCGCUGCUGGGUGCGGCGACGGAGGUGGUGGCGACGCUGGGGCUGCAGCAUCUGCUGGUGGGGCGGUCGCACGAGUGCAAGUUCCCGCCGUCCGUGCUGGCUCUGCCGUGCGUCACGGCGCCCGCCCUGGGUCCGGAACAGGUGCUGCAGAGCUGCGGCACGGGGCAUGACAGGCUUUCGGAGCGCGUGCGCAAGGGUCUGUCGCGGUACCACGUGGACGUGGAGGCAAUAAAGCGGCUGCAGCCGGAUGUGAUUAUAACGCAGGACGCGUGCGACGUGUGCCUCGUGACUCUAUCGGACCUCGAAGCCGCCUGCAACGACUACUUCCGCCAGCGGGACGACGCGGGGAGCGCGUGCCACGUGGUCUCGCUCAAGCCAAUCACAGUCUCGGACGUGUGGGAUAACAUGGUGCAGAUAGCCGCGGCGGUCGGGCACAGGGAGAAGGGGUGCGUGCUCGUGCAAACACUCAAGGCGCGCUGGUCGCUCGUGCGCCGGCAGGUUCCGCUCCGUGGGUCCGCACCCCGCCUGCGCGUGGUGUGCCUGCAGUGGCUGCACCCGCUCAUGGGCGCGGGGUUCUGGGUUCCGGAGAUCGUCGCGUGCGCGGGGGGGAAGAGCCUUUCCGGGAAGCCUGGGGAACGCACGGCCAUGCUAUCUUUGGAAACCUUGCUAUCUUUGGACCCUGACGUCAUCAUCGCCAUGUGCUGCGGGCUGUCUAUGGAAGCGGUUUUAAGAAAGUUUCUUAACUCGGAUGAUCUACCCCAGUGGAACCGGCUAAGAGCCGUGCAGACGGACGCCGUCUUCGUGGCUGACGGCGACCGUUACUUUAACAACUCCGGGCCGACUAUAGUGGAAUCGGCGGAAAUAAUGGUGGAGAUUCUCCACGCGCGCCGGUUCCCACACCACAGAACCGCAUCAAACCGCGCUGUUGCCGCUGGCUCUGCUGACGGUGGUGCUGCUGACGCCUCCCCUUCGUCCAACCGCCUGUUAGGCCGGGGACACGUGGCAGCAGGCGCGGAUUUCCCGGAGAUCGAGAUUAAGUACGAGGGGAGGGCGUACGCGCAGUUAACGGGUGGGUGCGUGGGCGCGUGGCGCGCGCUGCUGGGGGACGGCGGAGGGGCUGACCGCGCGGGGGGGGACUGGGGGAAGCUGGACGCGGGGAAGGGGGCGGAUGGGAGAACGGCCAAGGGAGCGAGGGAGGCCGCUAGGGAGGCUGCAUUGGUGGCGAAAGCGGCAGGGAAGCAGCAGUUGGGGCAGGAGCAGCAGAGUAACAAGGCGGAGAUUGGGGGCAACGAGGCAAUUGCCCCCCUUCGCCCUCCUCCUGGGUACACGGGGAAUGUUACAAGUAAAAGCAGCACCAGCGCCACUGCCGCCGCUGCUGCUACCUCCCCUGCUAGCCAAACGGGCAGCAUGAGUGAGUCGUCCGCCACUUCUGCCCCCAAGCCCUUGGCCCCCCUGCCGUCUCCGCCCGGGCGCAGCUCCAGGCGGCAGCUGUGGGGGCUGAAGAGGGGGACGGAGCGGAAGGAAGGCGCGGAUGCGGAGGCGAAGGGGGAGGAGGAGGAGAUGGUUGAGCAGCAGAGAAUGAGAGAGGAGGAAGAGAGGGUAGAGCGGGAAAAGAGUGAGCAGGAUCGGAUACAGCAGCAGUUUCUGACACAGUUAAAGCUCGAGGAGGGGUUGCAACUGCUGGCUACGCAACCGGGGGCGGCACAACUGCCGCCGGAGCAGCAGCAGCAGCAGCAGCAGCAGCUCGGGGAGGCGGAGGAGGAGCAGGAAACACUACCCACCUCGCCGUCCGCCUCUCCCCCUCCCCCCGCCAUCUCCCUGUCAGGCGCGGCGCUCAAAGCCGCGCAGCUCCGCGCGCUCUUCCUCGCAACCAUAGAGGAGUCCCUCCCCGCGGAUUGCCUCCUCCUGUCGGGCGGCCUCGCGUCCACCAUAAUCGCGCACGCCGCCACGUCUUUAAUCUGGCCGGGGAGCAUCGGCGCCGCGAUUACGGUUCUCGCGAGUCCUAGAGCAGCGGAUAGGGCGCCUGCGGCGGCGGCUGCGCGCGGGUGCCAGCUGGGCGGGGGGAUGGGCGGAGGGGGGAGCGGCGGGCACGUGUUUGUGGGGGGCGGGCCGGGGUUUCAGCCGGAGCAUCUGCUGGAGACGGAGCUGCGGUUUGUGGUGCGCGUAUUGAAGAGCUUCGAUCCCGCUGAGAUCCGCAUGGGCGUGGUGCUGGCGGCGGGGCUGAGGGAGGCCAAGCGGCAGGGCUUCUGCUCGGUGAUGGUGGGCGAUGGCGCGGACGAGCUGUUCACCGCUUUCGACUUCAUGGUGCGGAUGAGCGACGCCAAGCUGCAGGAGUGCCGCCAGCACAUGGUGGACGUGCUGCGCUUCCCCUGCAGGGACCUGGCGCAGGCGCUGGGCCUGGAGGUGCGGCAGCCGUUCCUGCACCCGGCCCUGCAGGAGUUCGCUCUGGGCCUCACCAAGGACGAGCUCCUAGGGGAGGGGCGCAGCGAGGAGUGGUGUGACUACAACGAGGGAAAUUUGCUGCUGAGAAUGGCGUUCCCUGAAGUGGUCUCGGCCCGCCGGCCCAAGGAUCCCAUUGAGGUGGGGGCGGGCACGGUGGCUUUGACGAGGCACUUUGCGCGGAGGAUGGGCCGGGAGGAGUUUCAGGCGGAGAGGCAGAGGGUGAAGCGGGAGGAUCAGGUUCGGAUCAGGGACCCUGAGCACCUGCACUACUACCGAGCCUUCCGCCAGGUGUUUGGAGGUCCGCUUCUUCCAGGGGUGCAGCGCUGGCAGCCCAACGCGUGCUCGGCCUGCGGCUUCCCGCCUCUCUUCCCCGACCAGCUUCUCUGCGCCACCUGUGGGGAGUGCUCCACGCGCAAACCCUCCCGCCGCCGCUCCAAUUCGGGGGGUACCAACAAUGCUGUGGGCGCUGGUGCUGCUGGUGCUGCUGGGGAGGUUGGGUCAGGUGGAGACGGGCUCGGAGGGGUUGGAGUGGGCGGAAUGGAAGGGCCUCAUGUGAGGGUGCAGCUUGGUGGAAUCAGCAGCAGCGCUGGCGGGCGGCCGAGGCUGUCAGACGUGCCUCGCAGCCCCCGCCGCCCGUCCACUCCCCCUCGAGGCUCCUCAUCCCCUUCCCCUGGCAGCAGCAGCAGCAGCAGCGGGAGGAAGCAGCGGGGUUGCUGGGGGAGUGCAGCGGGGGAAGGAGGGGCAGUGGGUGGGCGAGAGGCGUUUGGCGUAUCAGAGAGGGACGGAUGCAUGAUGCAAGGGGAGAGGGAGAGGUUUGGGGAGGGGGGGGAGUGGGGGGGAGAGCAGGUGGUGGUGGUGGAGGUGGCAGAGGAGGUGUGUGUGGCUAUGUCGGUUGUGGACCAGGCGCUAGCUGGAGUGGCGUCUCCUGACAGGACUCUGGCUGCGAAACACACAGACGGAACCAGCAGCAGCAACUGCACCAGUGGCGGCAGCAGCAGCUGCAGCAGUGGCGGCGGCAGCAACAGCAGCAGCAGCAGUGGCGGCAACGGUGGCAGCAGCAGCAACUCCAGCAGCAAUGCGCAUCCCAUGAGCAAGAUCCACUCGCUGCUCUUCUCCACCUACUCUCAUCCGCCCAAUGCCCCCUCCCUCCACCACUCAGACUCGCUCCUGUCUCUUGUGGCGUGCGUGGAUGGGGGGCUGAGCGUGUGGGGCGACAUAAUCGGCAGCAGCCAGUGCAGUGAAGAGCCGGAGGGUGACAGUGACGAUAACGGGCGGGAUAAUAACGAGGAAAAGGAGCGAUGCCGCAGUGAGGGCGGGGAGAGGAGAGGCAAUAGGCGAGGGGGGAGGGGAAGGCGGGCAGGAGAACGAGGGGUGGUUACUGCAGGAGGGUCGAUGGACGGUUCAGAUCGCGAGGACGUGGAUGCGAUCACCGAAGGCACGGAGAUGUGGAGUGUGACGGAUGCGACAACGGAUGUGGCGGGGUUCAGUGAGAGUGAGGAGUGGGGCGAUGGAGAGGACAGGGACGGCGCGCAUGAGGGGCUCAGCAGCAGCGGCAGCUUCUCCGACUGCGCCAGGGGAGGAGGGGAGAAGUAUUUCGUGCUGGGUGGUGAUGAGUGGGCUGAUGGGGGCCAGGGGAGUGGGAGGUUUUUGACCAAGGGAGCAGAAGCGGCUCCUAAGUACAGGGUGCUUGUUGCGGAAUCAGCAGCCAAGCCAUCCUUCCAGCACCACCAGCUCUCCAAUGCCUCGUCGAGGUUUUACUGACCAUCAAAACAAGCUCACUCCCCUUUCAAUUUACCAGCAUGUAGUAUGACCACUUGUCACACCAUCGUAUAUCACCACUGUAGUAGUGCUGGCGUAGUGGCAUCUAGAAAAUAUGGGUUUGAAUGGCUACGUUAGUUGAUUCAUAGUGUAUGGGUAAUAAAUUGCUAGGGUGGUGUGCAUCUUAUGUGACUGCGGUAAGUGACAGGAUUGAGGAGUGCAUCGCUGUCCGUGCUGUCUAAAUGUUGUAGUGA